GCGGCAAAGGCAGUCAUUAGCUGCUUGAAACGGGCAGAUACCACGGACAUUGGCAAGGGAAGUGCAAAGAAAGCAAAGGUUGCUGCAGAUGCUGGGCAUGGAAAGAAAGAAAAGGCGAAAGAAAUAAAGGAGAAGGAUCCGGAUGAGGAAGCAGAGGAGACCAGUGAAGACGAGGAUGAAAUUCUAGCGAGGUCUGAUUCUGUUCGCAAUGCUGUGGGGAAGGACCUGGAGGAGAAUAUCAA